GUGUUGUCCCCACUACCACUCCAAGCCACAACCAAACUUCCAGGAAAAACACAUAUCCACAUAUAGCGGACAUAGAUCAAGAUGGAGGCAGCCAUAUCAGCUAUUGCAACAGAAAUAUUUAACCGAAUGGUCUCCUUUCUCAUGAUGAAGUACAGGGACAAGACUACCAUAGAAGAGAAGCUGGAAAGGUUGCAGCAACUCUUAUUAAGGAUCCAUGCGGUUAUCGAAGAGGCAGACAUCCGGUACAUCACCAAUCGUAGUAUGCUAAUGCAGCUGAAGGUGCUCGUGAAGAGUAUGUACCAUGGGUACCACAUCCUGGAUAUCUUCAGGCAUAAAUCUGUUUUGGAGAGAAUCUCACAAGAGGUGGUGAGAAGCUCAGAUGCCCAGUUGACAUCUUCUUCCUCCUCUUCCUUUUCUUCUUCAAUUAUUCCUUUUAAGCGUUCACGUACAGUUUCUGGUGCUACACGAAGUUUUCCUCAAAGUAAUGAUCUGCAGAAUGUACUGGAAAAUCUAGAAGCUGUUAUAACUAACAUGAAUGAGUUUGUUGUGCUCCUGGGAGGGUGUGAUCGCUACCUAAGGCCCUAUGACACAUACCUCUACACUGACAAUUUUAUGUUCGGGCGCCAUGUUGAGAAGCAGCAUAUCAUCAACAUCUUACUUCAAGAUCCUGGACAACGUGGUGCCCCCAUGGUGCUUCCAGUCAUUGGUGGCAUCAGGGUCGGUAAGAAAACUUUGGUUUUCCAUGUGUGCAAGAAUGAUCGUAUCAAAUCACACUUCUCUUCCAUUAUGUUCAUUGAUGGAGAUAGCAUAUGGAGCAUGGAUCAGGUCAAGUUUCAUAGUAGGAGAACAUUAGCUGUUGUUGAAUUUCAUUCAGAUUUGGAUGAUGAUGAUUGGGUAAAGUUCUACUCAUCUUUGAAAUGCGCAGCUGCUGUUGGUAGCAAAGUGAUAAUCAUAAGUAGAAUUCCAAAUCUCGCAAGGUUUGGAACUGUUGAGGCAGUAUAUUUGAAAAGUUUGCCUCAUGAGGAGUACAAAUACCUCUUUAAAAAGUUAGCAUUUGGAAGCAUGGAUGAAAAGGAUUAUCCACGCUUAGCAUCAGUAGCUAGUGAGAUAGCAACAGUACUGGGAGGGUCACUCAUCACCGCAAAUGUCAUUGCCGACUUGCUCCGAAGGAACCAUGAUUUUCAUUUUUGGCUCAGUAUACUGAAGCGGUUCAAGUGGAUGGUGGAUAAAAAUUUGUCAAUGUACGGCGAACAUCCAAAAGAAAUGCUUGAGAAUGAGCGCUCAGUAGACAUCAGCGCAUUUAACUCCUCCUGUUUCUCUUCCCGUCGCCUCAUGCAUCCUCAAGUUGAAAGAGAUGAUUCCCCAAAACAGAAGUCAUAUAAUAUCUCCCUCGGGGACGUCUUUACAGGAUCUAUUUCUUUACCCAAUCAUCAAUUUGUGUUAGUUGCAUGGGAGUCACGGCUGCCUCCAUAUACAAAAUUUUUGAUUGAAGUUUCUUGUUCUGAAGAGAAGCAAGAUUGUUUAAUCUCUACAAGGAAGCGUCAAUCAACUAUUUGAAUUCUAUAGACAAACUGUAUUGUGUUCAGCUUUUUUUUUUGUGAUUGUUUGUGUUCAAUCAUUGCUACCUAUAAACAUGCAUGUAAACAGUAGUAUUUUGUAUGUUUUGUAGUCAUACAUGUACAUAUCCGGUAUGGUGCUUUGUCAAGCCUAUUGAUGCUUUGUCAAGCCUAUAUAUAUGUGUCUUGCUGAGGUAUGCAUGAACAGGAAAGUAAUUUUGCUUGAA